GGAGGUCACAUCCACAUCCACAUCCACCUUUUACUACACCUCUUCCCCUUCCCCUUCCCCUUCCCCUUCUCUACUUCUAUCUCUACCUUUUCCUCCCUCACGGUACCUCCUCGAUAGCCUUGACUCCUCUAGGAUACCCACGGCAGCUCGUUUCAUGAUUCCCUCAUCUUUAAUCUAGACGCGCCAGGCCAGAUCACGUCAGACCACUUCACAAGUCAGCAUACCUGCCAUCAUCUCCUCGAUCUCAGGAAUCCCCCUCCCUCCCUCCAUUCCUCGAUUUCGAUCCCCUCCCGCGUUCUGCCAAUCCCUUCCCGCCCUUCGUUCCCCCACCCUUCGCCCACUUCUUCGCGCAUGUCGAGGCUAUUGUCGUCUCAUUCCCUCGCUUGAGACACAUAUCAUAGCCCCCCCCGAGAAUGAUCCUGUCCCAUCGCUGGUGGACGGCCGCGCUGGCCGUCCUCACCAUCAGCCAGGACACAGUGACAGCCUUACAGUUAGAUGUGAACGAUGAGCAAUCGAUCAAGAAUGCCGCCGCGACAGCGGCCUACAAUAUGAUGAGCUACUAUCACGGCAACGAAUCGGGCCAGAUCCCCGGCAAGCUCCCGGAUACCUGGUGGGAAGGCGGCGCCAUGUUCAUGACCUUGAUCCAGUACUGGUACUGGACCGGCGACACCUCGUAUAAUGCCGUCACGACCGAGGGCAUGCUCUGGCAGAAGGGCCAGAACGACUACUUCCCCGCAAAUUACAGCAACUACCUCGGGAACGACGACCAGGUCUUUUGGGGCCUGGCGGCGAUGACAGCCGCCGAGUUGAACUUCCCGGAGGAGGAUGGCCAGCCGUCGUGGCUGUCUCUUGCGCAAGGCGUCUUCAAUACCCAAGUUCCGCGCUGGGAUACCACCAGUUGCCAGGGUGGGCUACGCUGGCAGCUCUGGCCCUAUCAGGCUGGAUAUACCACCAAGAAUGCGAUCUCUAAUGGAGGCCUUUUCCAGCUGGCGGCGCGAUUAGGGCGCUAUACCAACAAUGGGACGUAUAGCAACUGGGCGGAGAAGAUUUAUGAUUGGAUGGCGACUACGCCGCUCUUGAGGCUGGACGAGUGGACGAUUGCCGAUACGACCACGACAGGAACGAACUGCAAGGACCACGGAGAUCUGCAGUGGUCUUAUAACUACGGAACGUAUAUCAGCGGGGCUGCUUACAUGUAUAACCUGACCAACGGUGCGGACAAGUGGAAGAAGGCGCUCGAUGGCUUGCUCGGGACGACCUUGCAGAAGUUCUUCCCUCAGCAAUUCGGCGGAAAUGUCAUGUCCGAGAUCUCCUGCGAGCCGAACAUGAUGUGCGAUCGAAACCAAGACUGCUUCAAGGGGUUUCUGUCAUCGUGGUUAACGUUCACCACCAUGAUCGCACCGUACACGGCGGGCGAGAUUAUCCCCAAGAUCCAGCAAUCUGCGUUGGCAGCGGCAAAGCAGUGCUCCGGCGGCAACUCGGGCACUCAGUGCGGCCGACGAUGGCACCAGGCCACAUGGGACGGGGAGACCUCGCUGGAGUCUGACAUGAGCGCGCUGAGCGUCUUCUCAUCUAAUAUGAUCACACACAAGGGUCAGCAGGACAGCCAGGGACCACUGACUUCGGAUACGGGUGGCACCAGCAAGAGUGAUCCCAGUGCGGGCACCGUCCCGGAGAACCCGCCCACUGAGCUGGCGGAGAUCACCGCUGGAGACCGGGCGGGUGCUUCGAUCCUCACGGUUGUGUUCGUCUGCGGUUGGACUGCUGCGGUAGCCUGGUUGGUCUACGGUGGGUAGAGUGCGUCAG